AUGAGGGAGUACACAGCAUCAUGGCUGGCUGCAGAGAAGUCCAUGGGAGGACAAAGAACUGCUCUACACGGAAAUUCGGAAGAAAUGCGUGCCCAAUUCGAUGGCAUGCUUGCUGCACUGGCUCCGCUGUAUCCUCCACCGUCAGACGCAGUCGUUUCCAGAGAUCACGAGGUCGGAAACUUCAAAGUCAGAGUAUACACGAAGACUCGUGCUUCUGGUACUCCUCUACCGGUUGGUCUGUUUACACAUGGCGGUGGCUUUGUUCUGGGAUCCCUUGACAGCGAAGACGCUUUCUGCCGUCUCCUUGUCGAACAUGCCAACACUAUGAUAAUCAGUAUCGAUUACAGACUCUCACCUGAGGUCAAAACGCCUGUUCACCUCGAGGAUUGUCUUGCGGGACUCAAAUGGGUUCUAAGUAAUGCGCAGUCAUUCGGUGGUGAUGUUGCCAAGAUCUAUACCAUUGGAGAUUCUGCUGGUGCUCAGAUGGCUCUCGGCGUCGCUCGCAAGGUCAGAACUGGACAAGCAGAGGUCCCCUCGGACUCUGUCAAAGGUGUUGUGGCCUUGGUACCCGCAGCUUUCCACCUCAGUUCCAUCCCGAAAGAAUACGAACAAGAAUACACGGCUUACGAGGAAAACGCAACAAACGUACCUAUUUUCGACGCAAAAUCCAUAGAACAGAUUGUGGAGCACUCUGGUAUCAAAGCUGACGAUGCCGAUUACCUGGUUGGACUUGAUCAAGAGUCGCACAAGCUAUUCCCCCCAACCUACAUCGUAACCUGCGAGUUCGACCCACUUCGGGAUGAUGGCAUUGUCCUAGCGAAGUGCUUGAAGAGUGCCGGAGUUCCCGUCAAAUACGAUCAUUACGAUGGCCUACCUCAUGUUUUCUGGGUAAACCCUAUCUUGCCAGAAACAAAAGUGUUCAUGAAGAAUCUGCUGGAAGGCGUGGACUGGGUAAUUAGACAGAUGUAG